AAACGUUGAAAGAAGCAUAGCGCACCCUCUCUGCUUAUUGCGAGAAAAGGGCACCUCAAGUCAUUCUGCUCGACCCCCCAUACAUUGAUUUAAAAAAUGUCUGGUAAGUUGGGGCCUCUCUUCACCCAGGCUGAAAAAUCUAAGGAUGAUCCAGUUGAGGAAGAGGAAGAAGGUGAAGAAGAAGAAUUUACAGUGGAAAAAGUUGUUGAUUCAAGAAUGCGUGGUGGAAAAAAGGAAUACUUGUUAAAAUGGAAAGGAUAUCCAGAUUCAGAGAACACAUGGGAACCUGAAGAGAACUUAGACUGCCCAGAUCUGAUUGCAGCAUUUGAAGAGAAGAAAAAGAAAAAAGAUUCAGAAAAAGGUGCCAAACGGAAAUCAACUUCGAAUGGAGCAAAAGAUGAUGCAAAAAAGAAGAAAAAAGAUGAAUCUGAUAACAAGCCUCGAGGUUUUGACAGAGGUUUAGCCCCUGAGAGAAUUAUUGGUGCAACAGACAGCAGUGGUGAACUCAUGUUUUUAAUGAAAUGGAAAGACAGUGAUGAGGCUGAUUUGAUUCCUGCACGACAAGCUAAUGUGAAAUGUCCACAAAUUGUAAUAGCAUUUUAUGAGGAAAGACUUACCUGGCACACACACAAUGAUAAUGAUGAUGAUGAUAAGAAGGGAGAUUGAGUUUAAAAAGAUUGUUUAUUUGUAUGUCUUUGUUUACUGUGAGUUUAAAAAUACAUGAUGGAAAACCCAGUCAUUUUUCUUUACUUUAUUUUGGAUCAAGCAGUCCUUCAAAUGAUCUGUUACCUAAAAUAAAAAAAUCUAGUACGCUGAA